AUGCCGCACGAGACUCUGGUCGGUGGCUCGUGCUACACCGCCUCGACGGCGCAGGAGCUCAGGGCCCGCGCCAACAAGACCAGCCAGCCCCAGGUCAAGAGCAUCCGCGGCCAGUGGGUCUACUAUGUCGACCUGAAGCGCGCAGACGCCGCCGUCCUCGACCAGGUCAAGGAGCUGCUGCACGACGUCGACUCGCAGCCGCUGCUGGCCUCGGAGAGCGGCGCGGACUCGGUCACUGUCUUUGUCACGCCGCGCUACCUCUCGCCAUGGAGCUCGCAGGCCACCAGCAUCGCCCACGUGUGCGGGCUCAAGGACCACGUGCGACGCGUCGAGAGGGGCCGUCUCGUGGUCGUUGAGUUUGAGGCGCCUCUCCGGCCAGGCCAGGACGCCUCGUUCCGCGACGUCCUGCACGAUCGCAUGACCGAGACCUUUGCGCUUGAGAGGCCGUCCCUGGAUGCCAUGUUCCAGGCCGACGCGCCGUCUCCCCUCGUCGUUGUCGAUAUCUUCGCCGGUGGAAGCGAUUCGCUCAGCAUCUUGCGAGAGUAUAACCAGCAAAAGGGUCUCAGUCUCGACGAGUCCGAGAUGCAGUACCUCGUCGACGUCUUUACCAGGCUGGGCCGGCCGCCCCACGAUGUCGAGCUCUUCAUGUUUGCCCAAGUGAACUCCGAGCAUUGCCGCCACAAAGUCUUCAACGCCAGCUGGACCAUCGACGGCGUGCCUCGGGACAAGAGCCUGUUCGAGAUGAUCCGAAACACCCACAAAAAGACGCCCGACUAUACCGUGUCUGCCUACAGCGACAACGCGGCUGUGCUUCAGGGCGAGCUGGCCAAUUUCUGGUCACCCGACUAUUCCACCGGCACUUGGAGGCUGACCCCCGAAGUUGCCCACAUCUUGGCCAAAGUAGAGACGCACAACCACCCUACUGCCAUCUCACCGUUUCCCGGCGCCGCCACCGGUUCCGGUGGAGAGAUUCGAGACGAAGCAGCCGUCGGCAGGGGCUCUGUCACCAAAGGCGGGCUCUGCGGGUUUUGGGUAUCCGACCUCCUCAUCCCCGACCACCGCGCUCCUUGGGAACUCGACAUCGGUCGCCCGGCCCACUACGCGAGCAGUCUCGACAUCAUGUUGGAGGCCCCCAUCGGGAGCGCGCGCUUCAACAACGAAUUCGGACGCCCAUGCCUGACUGGCUGCUUCCGUACCCUCCUGACCCCCGCCGCUGGUCAGGACUCUCCCGCAAGCGAGGCAAAGGAGUGGCGUGGCUACCACAAGCCCAUCAUGCUGGCCGGCGGAGUGGGGACGGUCCGUCCCCAAAACGCCCUCAAGGAAGAAGAAUUUGUCCGUGAAGGUGCGCACGUCAUAGUCCUCGGCGGCCCGGCCAUGCUCAUCGGCCUCGGCGGUGGCGCCGCCUCGAGCAACGCGUCGGGACAUGGAAACGCCGACCUGGACUUUGACAGCGUACAGCGUGGCAACCCAGAGAUGGAGCGACGGGCCCAGAUGGUCAUCAAUACAUGCACGGCACUCGGAGACCAGAACCCCAUUGCCAUGAUUCACGACGUCGGAGCCGGGGGUCUUUCGAAUGCUCUUCCCGAACUUGUCAAGGACGCCGGCUACGGUGGCAACUUUGAGCUUCGCCAGGUCGAGAGCGCAGACAGCAGCAUGAGCCCCCUCCAGAUAUGGUGCAACGAGGCGCAGGAGCGAUACGUUCUGUUGAUCAACUCGGAGAACAUGAAUCGCUUUACCAGCAUCUGCCGUCGCGAGCGCUGUGGCUUCUCCGACGUCGGGGAGUCCAAGGAAUAUCCGCGGCCGAUCGACCUGCCCAUGGACGCCCUCUUCCCUCCCAAGCGACAGCAGGACCGCAUAGUCACGUCUCGCAAGCCGCAACUGGCGCCUUUUGAUGCGCUGGCCUCCCUGCGACGGGCAUUUGGAGACGGCAUCUCGACGGCUGACCUGUUUAAGAAAGCCGUCGAGCGUGUAUUCUUGGUGCCGGCAGUUGGAUCAAAGUCAUUCCUCAUCACCAUCGGCGACAGGACGGUCGGCGGACUCACCGCGCGCGACCAAAUGGUUGGGCCGUGGCAGACGCCCGUGGCAGACGUGGCGGUCACGGCGACGGGCUUCAGCCUGAGCGGCAAACAGCGGACCGGCGAAGCCAUGGCGGUGGGAGAGAAGCCAACCUUGGCACUGAUUGAUCCCGCUGCCUCGGCGAGAAUGGCGGUCGCGGAGAGUCUUCUGAAUAUUGGCGCCGCCGACUUCAUGGGCGACUUGCGUCGCGUCAAGCUGUCUGCAAACUGGAUGGCGGCCGUCAGUCACCCCGGCGAAGGCGCGGCUCUGUACGAGGCCGUUCGUGCCAUUGGCAUGGAAAUGUGCCCCGAGCUCAAUAUCAGCAUCCCGGUCGGCAAGGAUUCCACUUCCAUGAAGGCCGUUUGGAAGGACAAGGAUGAGCUGAAGAGCGUGACGGCACCCAUCUCGGUUGCCAUCUCGGCCUUCACCGUUGUUGAAGACGUGAGGAAGACGUGGACGCCGCAGCUCCGGAGAGUCGAGGAUGUGGGAGACACGAUCCUCCUGUUUGUCGACCUUGCCGAGGGACGGCAGGCGCUGGGAGGCUCGGCGCUGGCGCAGUCGCUGGGCUCCAUUGGCAACGAGGCCCCGGACGCCAAGAACUUUGGCCUCAUCACGGACUACUUUGACGCACUGUGGCAGCUGCACAAGAGCGGUGUCGUGCUGGCAUACCAUGACCGGUCCGACGGCGGCUUGAUUACGACCAUUGCAGAAAUGAUGUUUGCUGGUCGGUGCGGCGUUGAUAUGAUGAUGGACGGCAUCUCCAAGUCGGGCCAAGCGUCUGACAUGCUCGAGGCACUCUUCAACGAGGAACUCGGCGCCGUCUUCCAGGUGCGCGCCGAGGACGAGAUCAACUUCAAGAGAUGCUUUGCGACGUGUGGCCCGCCGGCUGGACUGAUCCGCAAGUUUGCCGUGGUCAAGCCCAAGAGCAAGCAGCCGCUGACGAUUCGCCACGGCGCCACCACCUUUGCCACGCUUGACCGCGCCGAGAUGCAGCAGUGGUGGUCCAAGACUUCGCAUGAGAUGCAGCGGCUCCGGGACGACCCGGCCUGCGCGAGCUCCGAGUUCUCUGCCAUUGCGGACUCGGAGGAUCCGGGCAUCUCGUACAGGCUCACUUUUUCGCCGUCGGAAAACAUCCUGCCCCUGACGUCGUCCAUUUCGGGCUUCUUCGGCAAGACGCCCCGUGUGGCCAUCCUCAGGGAGCAGGGCGUCAACGGCCACGCCGAGUUUGCCUUUGCAUUCAAGGCGGCAGGCUUCGAGCCGGUCGACAUCCACAUGACGGACAUACUGGAUGGCCGCUCUCUGGCCGACUUUACAGGUCUGGCUGCCCCCGGCGGCUUCUCCUAUGGCGACGUGCUCGGUGCUGGGCAGGGCUGGGCCAAGUCGAUCCUGAUGCACGACAAUGCUCGGCGGGAGUUUGCAGACUUUUUCAAACGAACAGACACGUUUGCGCUGGGAGUUUGCAAUGGGUGCCAGCUGCUCACGAGGAUCAAGGAGCUGAUUCCCGGCGCGGAGCACUGGCCGAUGUUUGUCGACAACGCCUCGCAGCAGUUUGAGGCGCGGUACAGCAUGGUCAAGAUUGACGAGGACGAGCGCAAGCCGUCCGUCUUUUUCCACGGGAUGAACGGCUCGGCCCUCCCGGUCGUGGUCUCGCACGGAGAAGGCCGCGCCGAGUUCCCGUCGCCCAACUCGCUGCAGGAGCUGUCCGGCUCCGGCAUGGUUCCCCUGCGCUACGUCGACAACCGCCUCAACGUGACGGAGCGGUACCCGCUAAACCCGAACGGCAGCCCGGGCGGCGUUGCCGGCGUGUCGGCCAAGGACGGGCGGUUCGUGGCCAUGAUGCCCCACCCCGAGCGUACGAUUCUGGCCGACGUGGGCAGCUACGUGCCUCGAGAGGCGGUCGAGGAAUGGGGCGAGUUUGGGCCGUGGCUGCGCAUCUUCCGCAGUGCGCGGAGGUGGGUUGGGUAG